CAGAGGCUGAUUAGUGCAGCAUCCUUCCACUGACACACCAUGUAAUUGUUGAGGCUUACUGAAUGUUCUUCCUUACGUGUAUACAGCUUUUUCGGCUGGCGCCUGGAUUAAAAUCUCCAGGAGGAAUAUAGUGUCUCUAAAAGAAAUUUCCCACCGUGCGUCUCUUCUUAAGAUUUUUUUGUCAGUGUCCGUGCUCUGAGACUGGUGUUAAAAUAUCUCCAGAGGUCCGCGAUGUGACAGCAAAGGGACUUCCACCAUCUGACUGCGUGAGCCUUCCAGCUCUACCAGGACGCGACGUUUAAAGGACACCAGCGAGGGGGACGCGCAGGAUUUGAUUUUAAAAACUGAAAUUUUGUCAAAAGCGGAGAAGGUAAAGAGACGCAGAGACGCGCGCUGCGUUUAUGGGAGUGUAAAGAGAAGGACAGACACGACUGCAUGUAUUUUUAAACCAAAUUCACAGAUAACGACUAGCCAAUAUUUGACUGUAGUUUGAUCGCCCGAAGUCAAACACAGUCCCACCUGUUCUCACAUUGCUAGAAUACACAGAAUAGCGCACUUCUUUAACCUCCAAAGACAAACUGAAUGCGGGCAUCCGCGUCAAUAAACUCCCUUCAGCUGCUGACUGCAUGCCUUUCAGACAGGUUUCAUGCACGGGUGGCCCGUCUGAGCAGCAGAGCCACCUGUGCUGUUGUAGUCAAGCCUGUGCUAAACAAACCAUAUGGCUUAACUGACGUGCACUAACAGUGGAUGAUUUCACAUGAAUUAUCAGCCAGACUCUGCCCUAGACCACUGCCUGGAACUGUAUCUGAACAGAUGUGUAGUUGUGAAUCUGCAACUUGGACAGCAGAAAGAAAGCAAUAACACUAUUUUGAGGCACUAAUAAUAGUAAGGUGAUAAUUGUAAUUUCUGCCAAAGAGUUGGAAACAAGCUAAAGGAUACUUCACACUGCUUCUGUUUGCCAUUUUACUCUAUCAAGCCAAGACCCAUUUUUUGUUCAGGUUAUAUUUGCAAUCCUGCAUGAGAGAAAAGUCAGUGAGGGAAGCUGAACAUUUCCUGUCCAUUUCCUGGCAUUCAUGCAUGCAACAUUUUGACAUUAUCAGACUCCUCAGCAUCAUCCCCUGCCAUCACCUCCUAUCAGCCUAACAUAUUAGUCUUCCACUAGCUUUUUUUUUUUUAAUUACUGACACUGCCAUUUUCUUUCAGUCUGUGCAAGUCAGGAUACUGGAGGCCUAAGGGUGUGCCAGAGCAUAUAUAGUUGAACAAAGGCCCUUUUGGAGCAACAAGAGGGUGAAACCUGAAACUCGGAGAGAUUCCUCCCUGUGAUAACUCACUGAGGGGUUGGACAGGCUUUCCAGCUAAAUAGAGUGAUUUAGAUCCUGGGAUGGGCAGAAACAAGGCAGCACAACUUCCAGGCUACUGCUCUCUGGCUUUUCAGGUACUUAAGAAGAGCAGAGCAGCAAGAGGACACACCCACCCCUUCUUCUGGUACUAGUAUCAUCUAGAAACAAGCAGGAGAAGACACCACAGCUGGACCCAACAGCAUCAGGAAAGAGUCUGCUCCUCUCACCUCCCAGACUUUUCAUCAUAGUCUUUGGUGUCUCAGUGCUCAUCACCAAGCUGGUGAUGCAGCUGCUGUAGCUUCGUCUUAUCUGCCUGUGUGUCCCCCAUUUUGAGGUGUGUGUGUGUGUGUGUGUGUGUGUGAGUGUGAGUGUGGUGAACCGCCAUCAGUCUUCUUUCUUCUGUCAGGAUGUCUACAGUACAAGAGCUGCUGUUGCUACCUCUGGCCCUGUUGGUGCUUCAAGAGAUGAAAGUUGAGAAUAGCACAAGAUCAUUGGAAACUGCAAGGUGCAGUGUGAGAAAGAAACAUUUGGAGUUACAGCGUCUCUGUGCCAUGGGGCCUGCGUGGAGGUGGACUCAGACACAGAGGCCAUGGCCAGCAAAGGCUUCAGGCUGGGCUGCAUUUCCUGUAAGAGAAGAGGCGAGGUGCAUGCCACAGCUUCUGUCAACUGGUACUUCAAGGCUUCAGAUGAGACUGAUUUCUCCCUUAUAUAUAUCUAUGAAGACAUAGCAGAAGAAGUAAUUGACCUACGUUUCUAUGGGCGUUUGAUGUGGAAUGGCAGCAAGAACACCAAGGACCUACAGGACGGCUCCAUCUUCAUCCUCAAUGUGACAUACAAUGACACGGGAACCUACAAGUGCACAUUCUUCCGCGUCCUCACCUAUAAGAAGUCGCCCCAGAUUGAAACUAACAUCACCAAGAUUAUCACCCUGAAUGUGGUCCCACAACUCACCAGGGGAAUGGCUUCCAUUUUGUCUGAGGUGAUGAUGUAUGUCUCUAUCAUCGGGCUGCAAUUCUGGCUGGUAGUUGAGAUGAUUUACUGCUACAGGAAGAUCUCAGCAGCAGGAGAGGAGGCUCUGAGAGAGAGCGCGGCGGAGUAUUUAGCUAUAGCAUCAGAAAGUAAAGAUAAUUGUGCUGGUGUACAAGAAGCUGAAUAGCACAGGUCAAGGAAAAAUUCAAGACAGCUUCUUUAAGGAAUCUCACAUCCACAUCCGUGCCCUCUUCUCUCACCAUCACCCAUCUCCCACCAUCCUCUCCACAUGAUGGAAAAACAGAGCCACAGGGAGGAGGAGGAGCUUCACAGAAAGGUUUUGAGUAACUUUCUGCAAAAAAAUGAGAAGGACUGAACUGUAUCCCCUUAAGAGGGACAUGGUGGCUGCAUCGGGUCAUGGAUCAACAGGACAUAGGGAGAGAGAGCUGUACUGUAUAUAGGUGUAUAUGCACAGACCAUCUCUAACCAAAUGUAGAGUAUAUUAUAUAGAGUAUACAGGUGCUGGUCAUAUAAUUAG